AUGCUAUCACCUUACAUCUACCUUCCAGCAACGUGUAUUGCAAUCUACACUUUCAUCCUCAUCAUGCAAAACUCUCCUCCAAAUGCACAAUCCACCCCUGCAGAUAUUGAAACCACAGAUAUGAGCGCAGGACUCAUCAAAACCACAGCCAUCGUCUCUGCAGCACAGAUCCUCCUCUCCCUCUUCGACGCCUCAUCCCUUGCAACUUUACAAUUCCCCUACAACGCUACUGAUCAACCCACACCAGUCUAUUUCCCCCACCCAAAACUCCCCAAUUUCCGUUUCGUCGGCGAACAAUUCGGCGCAUCAACAUGGUCGAACUUUCCAGUCAGCGAUGUACCUCGUCCUGGAAUUCGACUCGGCGAAAUGGAUACUGCACAACACUCUGCAGUAAUGCAUCUUCUCCGCACAGCACUGAGUGAGAAAGGCUUUCGGAAAAUCCAGGAUAUCAUGGGCUCCGAUCAGAUUCUGGCAGACAGUGGUGUCCCCUACGCCGCGGGACGAGCUGCGUACACGGUUGCGAUCUUGGGAGAACCUGGAAUGGAAAAAGUGUGGAUGAUCCAAUUCGGAGGUCAUCAUUUGGCGUUGAACAUUGCUGUAUGUGGUGGAAACGCUGUGCUGACACCUGUAUUGACUGGUGCAUUGCCUGCAAGCUACACCGGGGAGGAUGGAGAGAAACGUGUACUUGCUGACGAAAACGACAAGGCGUUCGCAUUGAUGAGAUCGUUCAGCGAAAGUCAACGGAAACAAGCCGUCUUUACUCAUCCAAUCUCAGACAUGGUACAAGGACCAGGCGAUUUUGACAAGACACUCCCAAAUGUCGGCAUCCAAGGCAGCCAUCUCGACUCGUCGCAAAAGGAGAUGCUCCUGGACUUGAUCUCAGAAUGGGUCGGCAUUCUCAACAACGUGCAUUCUGCGUCACGUAUCGCCGAAGUCCAGAAUGGUUUGGACAACACAUGCUUCGCUUGGAGUGGUCCCUUGGAGCAUGAACCCGGGAGGAACGGCGCCUCUUACUUUCGCAUUCGAGGACCAAAUCUGUUUAUUGAGUUUUCACCGCAAUUCCCAGGGGGCGAUCUUACAAUGCAUGUGCAUACGAUAUAUCGCGAUCCAUCGAGGGCAUAUGGACGCACUUUGCCGGAAGGCCUUUUGGAACGUGAGGGUUACAGAGAACUUUUUUAG